AUGUUUCCCACCCUCUUGAUUUUGUGCUUUUCCUGCUUGGCAGGAGUCCUUGCAAAGUCCCCGAGUAUAUACUCUCCCGGCUCUACGACGACUUCGGGUGGGACGAGUGAGAGUUUCUACUCCUCGUCAUGGACUGAUGGAGAGGCGAAAGCAAAAUAUACAAAUGGUGCGGGAGGUGAAUAUGCGGUGACUUGGACUGGCAACAAAGGCAACUUCGUCUGUGGGAAAGGUUGGAAUCCUGGAGGGGCUAGAACUGCAAACUUCUCUGGCACUUUCUCUCCGAACGGCAAUGCGUACCUUUCGAUUUAUGGAUGGACCACGAACCCACUGGUCGAAUACUACAUCACCGAAUAUUAUGGCACUCAUGUUCCCUACGACACUCCCAAUGCCAACAUGAAGGGAAAUCUGACCAGCGAUGGUUCCAACUAUCAAAUUAUGACGAAGGUGCGAAAGAACAAACCUAGCAUCCAAGGAACAGCGACGUUUUCUCAAUAUUGGAGUGUCAGGGAUGGUGGAAAUCAGAGCUUGGGCAGUGUUGGUGGCACAAUUUCAACAGGGAACCAUUUCAAGGCGUGGGAGAAAGCGGGGUUGAAGAUGGGGAAGCAGAGUUAUAUGAUUGUGGCGGUGGAGGGGCAAGAUAGUAAUGGGACGGCAAAGAUCACUGUUGGUGCUGCGCCAGUUGAGACGUAA